AGAGCUGAUGGUGCUGAUGGUGCUGAGGAGCUGGAGGAUGAUGGAUCCUCAUCUCCAGCUGGACUACAGUCCUCUGCUAUGGACAGAAACCCAUCUCCACCCCCGGAAUCAGCCGGUGCAGAGACCGACGGAGACCUGGACGCAAUUGGAGACACUGUUUACAGCAAACACUGGCUGUUCAGCACCCUGACGCGGCUCAUUCGUAUGGUCACUGAGCAUUCGGAGGUGAACUCUGAAGGUCAGAUGCAGCUCCCCGAAGAUGAUGAGGAAGAUCUUUGCAGAGUCUGGGAUAUGGCAAUGGAUAAGGAUGUGGCUGGUUUUCUGCAGGAAUUCAAAGCUACGGAUAUCCUUCUUGGGGUGAUAGCCAAAUCUCGUUGUCCACGUCUCACAGAAAUAUGUGUGGGAAUCCUUGGAAACAUUGCCUGCUUUCCUGACACUUGUCUGACUCUUAGCCAAAAUGAAGACUUAGGUGCUGUGCUGUUGCUUCUGCUUGGAGAUACAGAUCCUCCAACCCUUCUGGAAACAAGCAGAUUGCUGUUGACCUGCGUCUCUCAGAAAGAUGUCUGCUCCCUGUGGCUUCAGCGAAUACGUCAGCAGACGUCCGUGCGCUGCAACCUCUUUUUCAUCAUGUGCAGUUCUACAAACGCUGACCUGCUUGAGAAGGUUGGAGAGCUGCUUGACAAACUGUUUGACCUUGAUGAAGAUCUGAUGAAGAGUUGGAUCACAGCUCAAAAUAGUGAGGAGGAGGAGGAGGAUGAUGGUCAAAGCCAUCUGGAUGUGGCCUCAUGUCUUCUCGAGGCAGCCAAGCAGCUUAGAUCAGAGAGUCAGAACGGCUUAGAGGUUUACCUUCACGCCCUCCAACUCCUCACCACCAUAGAUGAGGGCAUCCAGACUUUAGCUGCCCCUGAUGGACCCGGCAAAGCCGUGUGGGACUUUGUCCACGACGUUGUGUGUGAGGACCUCUGCCAGCCAUCUGAUCUUCCCGUUGUCCUGCAAGAGCAGAAGAGCAUUUUGGUUCAGGCGUUUGCUGUGCUGCAGGCUCUUCAUAGGUGCCAGGAUCAGUGGCUCAGCAAAAGUGACACAAGUCUUCCCCUUAUUGGAACCGUCUUGCGCGUGCUUCAGUACCACAGUGAGGACAAAGAUGACGGUGCCAGUAAAGAAGACACAAAAGAUGAACAGCUACAGACUCUGGCAGAGAUCACAGCUGAGUUUCUAGCUGACAUCUGCAUUCAGAUUCCCAAGGACACCGUUGCAGAUUUGAUGAAGAAAGGUUACCUAACAGAGAAGACGGCUCUCACAGCUGCAGGCUGUUUAGUUACAAACUAUAAGACUUCAUUUCAGCACCUGCAGUCCAUGCUGUCAGAGACUGAUCCCCAAAUGGCAGACAUGGUGAGGAAACAGUUUCCUGUCUGAGCAAACCAGCAGAUCAGUGUUCAGCACUCAUCCAGACUCUCAUCACUGCUUUUUAUAGCAGACUCUAUUUCCCCUCCAAAGAUCCCGCUUCAUGUCCUAUUUUUGGAUUUCCAUUGGAAAGUCUAAACUAGGAUGUCACACCAUUGUGAGUGACGGACAGCGUGACAGAGACUGUAUAUUGGAGCCACACUUCGCUGAAUUCAAUUGUGUUUCUGUUUAAAGGUUUUUUAUUUUGUGAAUGCUAUUUUUGUAUUAAACAAUUUACAGU